AUUAUUAUAGUUUUUAUUACUUAUUUUUGGUAGUGCCAACAAUACAGUUUUCAUACAGUCAGAAGGGCAACCAAGUUUUGACUUACUUGGGUUUUGAAUAUCUAUCUUUUGUCACUAUAAAUGGAGUGCUGACUUGGAGAUGAAGGCAGAGUCGCUCUAUGAAGUGUCAUUCAAUUAUGAAGACAAAAGAUGUCAACAUAGUAAAACAAUCAACCGAACGUUGUCAUGGUUCCUGUCCUCAAAAAGCAGAAGCCAACGUUGCCAGAAGCAAAAUGAGAUGUGUCACGUGUAUUUAAUACUAAUGAAGAUGCAAAUCAAAUUAACGGAAGUGCUUCAUGCAAGAAUCCAAUCCAGUUGGGGACAACCAUGACUCUUUUAAUCCCAUGUAUCAUGCCCUUCAUGCAGCCACAUCUGACCACACACCAUUCAGUAUGUUCAGUGGAAACGUAUAAACAGGAAAUGCCCAAGAACCUUGUAGUGAAGAAUGAAUUCAAUGGAAACACAUUUGCUCUGAGUUCACAAAUUAGCACUAAUCAGUUCAAUCAGACAUUUGAGAGUCAGUUUAUAUGUUCUAAAUGUGGGAUAUGUUUUUGUAGGAAAUCGGCUAUCUCUUCUCAAAAGCUCCCUGAUAUGGAAAACAAAAAAGAAAGUUCCAUGUGUGAAAAAUGUUUAGACCCUACCUCAAAUGUUCCCAUACCUCCUGUAGAUCACAAUUUGGUCCGAUGUCCUACAUGUGGGAGGGAAUUUUUUACUGGUAAAUCUCUUGCUGCACAUCAGAAAAUUCAUAAGACGACGACCCCUCUUGUAUGUUCUGAAUGUGGGAAAUGUUUUACCCGUAAAUCAAAUCUUCUUGCACAUCAGAUAAUUCAUACAAGACAGAAACCAUUUUCAUGUUCUGGUUGUGGUAAAACAUUUAUUCGUAAGGUCGAUCUUGAAGAACACCAGGAGACCACCACAGGGAAGAAAACGCAUGCAUGUUUUGAAUGUGGGAAAUGUUUUAUCUGUAGGUCACGUCUCAUUAGGCAUCAGAGAAUUCAUGUAGAGGAGAAACCCUUUGUGUGUUCUGGAUGUGGUAAAUGCUUUAGAAUUAAGUCACAGCUGACUAGACAUGAAAAACUUCAUACAGGUGAUAGACCCUUUUCAUGCUCCGAAUGUGGAAAGUGCUUUAGCAUGAAAGCGCAUCUUGUUUUGCAUCAGAAAAUUCAUUCAGGUGACAAACCAUAUUCCUGUUCUGAAUGUGGUAAAUGUUUUAUCUGUUCAUCAGAUCUUGUUAAGCAUCAGAGGAUUCAUACAGGUGAAAAACCAUUUGCAUGCACCAAUUGUGAGAAACGGUUUAACUGCAAAUCCAAUCUUAUUAUGCAUCAGAAAACGCACACAGGAGAAAAACCGUUUAUUUGUUCUGAAUGUGAGAAAUGUUUCUCUUCCAAAUAUAACCUUGCUAUGCACCAGAAAGUUCAUACAGGCGAUAAACCAUUCCCAUGCCCAGAAUGUGGAAAACGUUUUAGCUGUAAAUCAGAUCUUAAUAAGCAUCAGAGAAUCCAUACAGGGGAGCGACCGUAUGAGUGUUCAGAAUGUGCCAAAAGUUUUAGGUGUAAAUCAAAUCUUGUUAUGCAUCAUAAGAUUCAUACAGGAGAGAGAACGUAUGAAUGUACGGAAUGCGGGAAGCGGUUUACCUGUAAAACGAAUCUUGUUAUGCAUCAGAUAAUUCACACAGGGGACAAACCCUUUGCAUGUACAGAGUGCGGGAAAUGUUUUAACUGCAAAUCAAAUUUUGUAAAACAUCAGAAAAUUCAUACAGGGGAUAAACCUUAUGCGUGUUCUAAGUGUGGGAAGUGCUUUACCCGCAGCUCACACCGUGAUGUCCAUGAAAAAAUACACCUAAGAGAAACAAGAGAUAAAUAAUUGUC